CAGUGAGCGGUCAGCGGGUGAGGGAGGGCAGCUGCACUCUGUCGAGUCAGCUACUUGGGUAGCUGGGGAAGGGACGGCCAGGAGCUCGGACCGAAGCACAGAAACAACCCUGAGCGGGACACUUUAACUCCGACAAAAUCUCAAAAUGCGCCGAAUAACGGGGAAAGGAGGAGGGGACAGUUUAAUUGAGAUGAGCCCGACUGAAUCUCUCAGCGACGAGGGGAACGGCUACCACCAACACGCCUCGUCCAGCACAGGAUCCCUCCAGCAGGGGCAGCCAGAGUUUCCUUUAACGCCUGAUGUGUGUGUAGAGACGUGCGAGUCUCUCAACACCAGCCUGGCCUCCUUGGCUCCGUCCGACUGCAGUGACAAUACAUGGGUCAGGAGUCUCACCUUAGAGCAAAUCAGUUCUUUCACUGGGCUUCGGAGAAAACAGGCGCUAUUCCUGAAGUAUCGUUCCAGGGUUGGAAAACAGAAACUCAGCAAAGACUCUGUGUUCUUCCGAGAUGGGAUAAGGAGAAUAGAUUUCGUCCUCUCGUACGUCGACGAUAAAGACUGUGAAAAAAAACAGGAGAGAAGGAGAAUUUAUGAAGCCAACCUGAAAAAUGCCGGCCUGGAGUUGGAAACAGAAGAUAAGUCGGAGUCUGAGGAUGGUAAGACGUACUUUGUGAAGAUCCACGCGCCGUGGGAGGUGCUGGCCACCUAUGCAGAUGUGCUGAAGAUCAAGGUUCCUUUCAGAAAUAGCGACAUGCCGGACGACCAGGAAAUGCCCAUGAACUGGCUCUCCACUCCUUUUCGACUGCCCAAGAACAUCAUGAAUCCCGAGCCGGACUAUUUCACCGCUCCUUUUAGCAAGAGCAAGGCUGACUUCUUCUUUAUCAACAACCAACGCACGGUCUUCCCUCCAUCCACUCGCAACAGGAUAGUCUACUAUAUCCUGUCCCGCUGUUUGUACGUCAGUGAGGAUUGUGGAGACAAAAAGGGAAUCAAGCGGUUGUUGAACAACGGCUCCUACACUUCUGCCUUCCCUCUUCAUGAUUCCAGAUACUGGAUAAGAUCCAAAGAUGUCAACUGUGAAAGCGAAAGAUACGACCUCUACAAACACUGGGCGAGAUUCUUCUGCUUUUUCAAGGAGCAACCCAUUAACCGCAUCAGGAAAUACUACGGCGAGAAGAUUGGCAUUUAUUUCGCUUGGCUUGGUUUCUACACUGAGAUGCUGCUGUUUGCUGCAGUGGUUGGAGCGAUUUGUUUCCUUUACGGGUUCCUCACCUACGAUGACAACGAGUGGAGUAAAGAAAUCUGCAGCAAUGAAAUUGGAGGGAAAAUUGUCAUGUGUCCCCUUUGCGACAAGAAGUGCAGUUACUGGAAACUCAACACGACAUGCAACUCCUCGUGGCAAUCACACCUGUUUGACAAUGUGGCAACUGUGUUUUUUGCCAUUUUCAUGGGCAUUUGGGUGACGCUGUUCCUGGAGUUCUGGAAGAGGCGCCAGGCCCGUCUGGAGUACGAGUGGGAUCUGGUGGACUUUGAGGAGGAGCAGCAGCAGCUGCAGCUCCGACCAGAAUAUGAGACCAGAUGUACAAAGAGCAAGGAGAACCCCAUCACUAAGGAACAAGAGGGGAUUCUUGACAAAACUGCUACAUAUCUAGCAGGGAAGUUUUUUCUGUGCUGGGCUUCUGUGAUCCUUUGGAUCUCAUUGAUCAUUGCCUGCAUCAUUGGGGUCAUAGCGUACCGCCUGGCGGUGUACGCGGCCUUCGCUAGCAUCAUGAAGGACAGCCCCACCAAUCAGCUGGAGGUGGUCGGCCCCUACAUCACUCCCCAGCUGGCCACCUCCGUCACAGCCUCUUGCAUCAACUUUGUCAUCAUCAUGAUCCUCAACCUCAUGUAUGAGAAAGUGGCUGUUUGGAUUACUGACAUGGAAAUCCCGAAGACCCACCUGGAGUAUGAGAACAAGUUGACGGUGAAGAUGUUCCUCUUCCAGUUUGUCAACUACUACUCCUCGUGUUUCUACGUGGCGUUUUUUAAGGGGAAGUUUGUGGGCUACCCUGGGAAAUACGCGUACAUGUUUGGGGGCAGCCUGAGAAACGAGGAGUGCGACCCUGGCGGCUGUCUGAUUGAGUUAACGACACAGCUGGUAAUAGUGAUGACUGGGAAACAGGUGUGGGGCAACAUUCAGGAAGCUCUGCUGCCCUGGGUGAUGAACUGGUGGGGCAGCAGGAAGGCGCGGAGCCAUCCAGAGAGCCUGUACAGUCGCUGGGAGCAGGACCAUGACCUGCAGAGCUUCGGUCAGCUGGGGCUCUUCUACGAGUACCUGGAAAUGGUGAUCCAGUUCGGCUUCAUCACGCUCUUUGUGGCUUCCUUCCCCUUGGCGCCGCUCUUGGCUCUUUUCAACAACAUAAUUGAAAUCCGAGUGGACGCCUGGAAGCUCACCACUCAGUUCAGACGUCCUGUGGCAGCCAAAGCCCACAGCAUCGGGGCCUGGGAGGAAAUUCUCAACGGGAUGGCCGUACUGUCUGUCGUUACAAAUGCGUUCAUCGUGGCCUUCACCUCUGACAUGAUGCCUCGGCUGGUGUACAUGUACGCCUACCAGCCGCAGGGACAGAUGAAUAUGAAAGGCUACAUAAACAACAGCCUGUCCGUGUUUAACGUCUCCGAGUUUGAAAACUCCAGCAGGCCUGAGGAGGCCGAGAACCCGAUGUGGCUCAACAUCACCACCUGCAGGUAUCGUGAUUAUCGCUACCCCCCCGGCCACGAGAAGCAGUACUUCCACACGAUGCAGUUUUGGCAUAUUUUAGCUGCCAAGCUAGCUUUCAUCAUUAUUAUGGAGCAUGUUGUUUUCCUGGUUAAAUAUUUUGUGGCCUGGCUGAUUCCGGACGUUCCCUCUGACGUGAGGGCUCGGGUAAAGAGGGAGCGCUUCCUCGUCCAGGAGUAUCUUCACAACUAUGAAGUCAAUAAUCUGAAAAUACAGCUCAGCCAACAAGACGGCAAGGAGUGCACCUGUACGCCGAUGAUCUACCCGACGUUACCCAAACAUGAGGUGCUGUCGGAGGUCCUCUAGCACAGGGAGCGGCUGGUCAGUCUGUCUGCUCACCUGCUGACUGUGGAUCCACCGGCUUUAAAGACCAAAACUCUGUGCAUGCUGACGAUUUGACACGCUUGAAUUUAGACAUCGCUCUCUUCUUGUGAAGUUAAGAUUUCCAAACUUUACUGUGUUUCAAACAAAUUAAGCCGCACUGUGUCUUUAAGAGGCGGCUCACUAUUGUUUUAAUGUAAGGCUAUUUAAAGUGCCACCAAAGAGUCGCCUUAA